AAGGAUGCUCGUCUCACUCUGCUGCUGCUGCUGCUCCCUGCGGCACACUUGGCCCUCCCUCCAACACCUUAGUUUUGGCUGAAGUAAGACCUCUGUCGUCGACACCAUGAAGGUGGUGAUCCUUCUGACGCUCUUAGGAGCGUGCUUGGGUCUGCACCCGAACUUAGAGUUCCAGUACAGGUACAGUGCCAGAGUUGCCUCCGGUAUUCCGUCCAUCAACAACAAUUUCGCUGGAGCUGGUAUCCAGGCUGAUCUCACCAUUCAGAUAACGAGCUCCUAUGAUAUAUUCUUCAAGUUAAGUAACAUCGAGGUCGGGGAAUAUCACGAUGAGAUUGAGUGCGACACCCAAGCACCGCUGCCUAUUGAAUACCGGCCCCUAGUGGAGGGCAAGGAACUGCUGGAGAAGCCCUUCCAAGUCCAUCCUGGCCAACAGAAAGGUGAAGAGUACAUAGUGACCCCUAUUGAACCAGCAUGGAUCACCAACAUUAGAAAAGCCCUCACAAGGGCCUUCGGUAUUCCUCCUCUCCUGGCCAACAUCGGCCGACGUAUAGACUCCUUCAAGCUGCCAGCGUACAGCGUGAACGAGACGUUAAUACACGGAGAGUGUACGACCUGGUACUCUGUGAUACGCCUGAAUGAGGAGGAAGCAGCCCGGGAGGACCAUGAGAGAGAAGAGGACAUCCAGCGUGAUGAGCAAGAAUCUGAUAGUUAUACAUCAUCAAAGGGUCCGUUAAAGACAUCAAAAACGCACACUUCUAAGACCACCAAGACCGCAGGCACCAAAACCACAGGCACGAAGACCACAGGCACGAAGACCACAGGCACGAAGGGAGCUCCAGCUAAAUUGACGUCUCCUGACCGUAUCGCUAACACCCUCUGGCGGCUGACCCGCACUGUUGCUUUUGACACCUGUGAGGAUCUUGUCAAAUGGAAGAUCCACGGCAACAAGAAGAUUGACAAAAAAAUUCAGCGCUCGUCUAUAGGGACCUACCUCAUCCGGGGUAAUGAGAGGAGCGCCCGCAUCGAAUAUGCUGUCAUCGAAGGUUCCAUCUCGUUGUUUACCAGCAAGCAGGAACAUGUGUCCACCUUCACCAACCUGACACUGGAGCUGAAAGCAGUUAGGAGCAUUCGAAACGUGUUUACCAUUAAUUAUGAGAUCGAAAAGCACGAGUCCUUCGUGUACGAAGUUGACACAUUCUCCGUCUCUGAGCAAGAGCCUGGACACGACGUCCACCCCAGUCUGGAGCAGUUGGUCACCGGAAUUCCCAUCACUUCUCAAGGUGUCACUGAAAUCAAGGUACUGAUAAUCAAGCUCCUUAAAGUGUUGGUCAAGAGACCCACAACGUUCCCGUACAGCAAGGACCCGCUGGUGAAGGACCUGAGCAUCUUGGUGGACGCGGUGUCUAUCCUCAGCAAACCGGAAAUUCAAGCCUUAACUUCCCAGAUAGAACGCGAGGAGCUGCCUGCUGAGAAACUACAAAUCUUCUACGAAGUGCUGGUCACAGCUGGCACGGAACCUGCUAUAAGAUACCUGCUGGAUAAAAUCAAGGACCCAGAAUUUAGAAAAGCGAACAAAGCACUUACGAACACUUUCGUUGAAAAUUUCCACCUCAGUGUCAAGAGUCCUCUUGUCAUUCCUGAUAUCAUCGUCCUGGAACAAGCACUUAGCUGGACUGAAGAUGAUCAGGAAUUCAAGAUAUCAGUGCUGCUAAACUUAGCCUCACUCGCCAAACAAUUGUGUAUUUCGUCUGAAAAGUGGGAAACGUUUGGGUACAAUACCUGUGACCCUGAGUACACCUGUACCCCUGAUAGCAUCAUAGAAAACUUCCUCCCUUCGUUGGUACAAGGUAUUCAGGAUGAUGAGUCUCCUCUCUGGGUAAAACUGGUUUACAUCCAAGCUCUUGCCAACCUGGGCCUGCCUCAGACCAUUGAUGUUCUUAAGCAUUUCGUUGUUGGCGACAAGCCAAGUACCAGUAUUCAAGUCCUGAGGACCACUGCCAUCUUCGGUAUUAGCGGCAUUUACCUGCCUAAAACAGCCAAGAGUACGGUGUUCAGCCUCCUGAUACCAGUGUUUGAGAACACCGCGGAACACUUCGAAGUCCGUAACGUUGCCUUCCUGGCUAUGAUGACCUAUGAACCCAGCCUCGCAUGGUGGGAACGGAUAGCGAUAUCCACCUGGCGUGAUCCUUCCUCUCAAGUGGCCUCCUUCGUCUCCUCCACAUUCACCUCUCUCGCUAAUAGCAAUUAUCCUUUGUCCAAAAUUGCUAGUCGAGUGGUUCACCUAGUCAAGCCUGCACCCCACGUCUCCCUCACUCACUCCGCUAUGGUUUACCUCAACGAUUACCUCUACAACUGCAAGUCACAACACUUCUUGAGCUUCGGGUGGUUUGCCAGCACUAAAGGACUCUUCCCCUCAAAGAUCAUCUUGCGCUUGCAAUUUAAAACCUUCCUUGGGUUCGCCACAGAAUUCAAAUCUACCUUCGGUCAAGAAGAAAUAAACAAAAUUAUAAAGAAAGCUUACAUAACUUUCGUCAUGAGUAAAGCUAAAACAACUAAGAGCAGUGAUGCAGAGACCGUCCAAGAAAUGUUUGAUGAGAUCGUGGAUCAGCUGGGUCUCAUCCACACCGAGAAGCCAUCAGACUCGAGCUUCUACUUACUACUGACAGAUUACAUUAGUCUGGUUCCUCCUGUGCUCGACUCCCCAGAGAACAUUCUGACGGCUCUCACGCAAGAAGACAUCGGGUUGAGCACUCCUCACAUCGACCGCGAAGUGGACUACUCGGAGGUGUUCCCUACUGAUCUCGGUCUUCCCUUCACGAUACAUUUCGCUGAAGAAGUCGCGUACUGGUUUGACUGGAAGGUGACGGAGACCCAGUCGAUCCCCACUAAGCGAAAAGACUUAGUAAAUGUCAUCUUUGACGUGAGCCUGGAAAGCACCUUGGAGGUCAAGACGCUACUGCCAUGGUCGACAAAGUUCGGCGUUGGAGCUGGACUACAUAAUGUAGCCUCCUUCAUUUUCCCUCUUUCUGUCCACACAAAAAUAGAUAAUGAACGCACGGAAGUGAAAGUGACCAUCGAGCCUCAAGACGGCAGCCAGGUUCAGUUGUUCAACUCUCACAACUACCCAUUCACUGUGGUGACUGGCCCCUUCCCCACCGCUGUCCACACCCAACAAGCUGAGUACAAGAAGAUCACCGCUUUUCCCCUAGAAACCUUAGUGCAUAAGCAUCAGGUGCUUCCAGCUAUCGCUGGCCUCUCCGUUGAGACCCACUGGACAGCAGACUUUGUAUUCCAACCAGACCUGGCAACCUUUUUGAGCGAUGAUUUUGAUCCACUGAUCCCAGCGUACAAGGCUUGGGACUACACCAUUCUGUAUGACCCGGCUGCCAGCACCACAAAGAGCUUCACUUUCACCUUCACAUAUGUGACCUUGGAGAAGUUAGAAGAUGAAACGCAGGGUCAAACCUCGGAGCAGUUAACCCAAGAAACACAGGAGGCAGACUAUUUUGACUUUGCUUCACAGUCACAUGUUGGAGGAGGAUCUUUAGAAUUCCAACUUGGUCAAGGCGAGACAGACUCGUUUGGACAGCAGCAACAACUAGAGUCGCAAUCGCGACAGCGCAUUGUGAAAUUACAGGAGGAACUGAUGCCUGUUACAGGUGGAAUUGUGAGGACCGUGAGCGUGGGAGUGGAGCUCCAGGCAGCCACAAAGAAAAGGAGCUAUGAGUCGGUGGUAACGUGGGUCAUUAGCAAGACCGCCGGCGAGAUCUUCACCAAGGUCCAGCUCUCGUUAAUCAAGAACCCCGCAGAGGGCACUCUUGAAGAACCUCACGCUACAUGCUUCAACGUUCAGCUUGUGAAGCCAGCAUUCCUUCCUAUGCCAACGCUUGAAGAAGUGCUGAACGUCAAUUUCCACACCACCAUCGAAGCCACAGUUUUCGACGGGGAAUCAUGCUCAUCUGCACCAGUUCUUGAAGUGCAGGGCACCUUAGACGUGAGCGACGAGGUCAUCCGUCGCCUGAGGGAGGAAGUGGCCAAGGACUGUGACCUCGCAGACUCCAAUCUCCUGCCCAUAGAUGUCAUCACCUCUCCUCUCUACGACCACGCCCACUUCACAGCAAAAUGGACUGAGGAUUAUCCAGUUAUCCUGAAGAACUUGACUUAUCACAUUGAUGACAUCAUACGGCACUGCCUCUACCCCUUCACAACCUACGACCACACCGUCAUCAACCCUGAGAACACCAUUGAUAUUGAUGCCACUAAAUGUUUAAACUGCAACAAGUGGACCAUAAGGAACGAAAGACCAGAAUUGGUCUCUGUUACCAAAGGUCUAUCACCACCAGUCAUUCUAAACGAAUUUUUAGGUCCAGCCGAAAUACGUAACGUAUUCUUCUACAACUUCGUACAAGGACGUACUUCAUUCCAAUGUACUGUCGAGACUACCAAGGUGAGGACGCAUGAUGGUGUGAAGUUCCCAUAUCACCCAGACAACUGCUGGACGACUCUCAGCUAUUUCCAUCCUUUGUCUGAGGAGGAAGCGCCUCUAAAUGCUGUUGUCUCGGCUCGGUUUACAGAGGAGUGGGAGGUGCGCAUAGUUUGGAAGUUUGGAGGUUACCUCUACGAAUUCACCAAAUCACAGCUACUGGUGAAUGGGGAGCCGUGUCCGGAAGGAGGAGACGAUAACGUUAGGUUCAUCGUACUGGAGGAUGCCAGUUACUUCAUGUUGAAGAGCGCCACAUUAUCUAUUAAAGUCUCCGAUAAAAUUGAAGUCCUGUAUCCGUACAUGGCGCGAGGAUCAGUUGACGGACUGUGUGGGAGAAUGGACGGAGAGAGGACCGGUGACCUGGUAGGACCUCAAGGAUGCAUCUACACCGACCCCAAACUCUUCGCCUUGGCCUGGACAACCAAAGGUGAUGGCUGCGCCCAGUUCAGCCUUCGGGCUAAGAAGCGAGCGGUGGAGAACUUCCAGGAGGUGUGUCCCCGCGAGUCCCAUGUCCCCA